GGCCUCGCAGGCUCUACGUUCGCAGGGCGCGGGACACAACUUACCACUCGGAAAAAUUAAUGACCACACUUUGAAAUUUUAUCGCGAACUCAGCCUCGCUUUAGAUAAUUUCACGGAGUUGAAAAGCGUUUGAUACCAAAAAAAAAUUUCGACUUAAAAGUCGGCGGAGACAUUAAUUAUGUACGGGUGGCUGCUCGAAAGUGUGCAGCAUUUUAUUGUGCAAGAAUGUGGCGAGGAAAUAUGGGAAACUAUUCUAAGAGAAGCUGGUGCCAGAAAUACUGUCUUCAGUGCUACGCAGCAAUAUCCAGAUGCUCUCAUGUUACGCCUGGCCAGUGCUUUGGCGCGAUUUAUCACGAAAGAUCCCAACAGCCCAACUACUUCCACUCCUGCUAGUCCAGCCCCAAGAAAACAGUCGUUGAAAUCCAAACCGUCUUGGCGAAGUGCGUCAGUACAUACCGACGGUAGAGCAGCCGGUUAUAAAUGCCCGUUCACAGCCGCUAAUGCCCUCACAGCUGUCACAAAGAAAGAAAUCGAUGCUUACAAUUCAUCAGAAGAAAUCCGAGCACAUAGAUCUACAGACAGAAUCAACGAAGGCCAAGAACUCCAAAUCGCAAGUGCACUAAACUUGCACAGACGGAGCCUUGCUAUCACAUUGGAAAACCGCUGUCUUCCUGCAGUAGAAAACAAUGAGCCAGAAACAGUAUCGGAAGAGAAACCCGGGUGUAGUAAAGUUGAGGAAAUUACACCAUUGAAGGAAGAAGAACCAGUUAGUCCUGAUGAUUCGGCAGGAACAACACCUACGUCUCCCGAUUCGGAAAACAGCAAGAGGAAUUCUAUCGUCAAACCUUCAGCUCGGAAAACCAGUUGCACGGUGGCACUAGACGUAUAUAAACGGAGAGGAUCGGGGGCUCCGGUGAGGCAGAGACUGAACAGCCUCAGCCUGAUCAGCGGGGACAGGCUUUCGAGCAUGAGGGAGAAGUUUGGCACUCCUGAAAAGGUCAUGCAUUUCUUUGGCAGAUGUUUUGUCAAGUUCUUCAGCAACUAUGGCUACGACACGAUGAUUCGCGCGACCGGCCGCUACUUCUGCACGUUCCUGCAGUCGGUGGACAACAUCCACCAGCGCAUGCGGUUCACCUUCCCGCGCAUGCGCUCGCCGAGCAUGCAGCUGACGCGCGCGCACAGACACGGCGCUGAGUUGGUGUAUAGCAGUGGCCGCUGCGGGUUCACACACUAUCUUAUGGGUCAACUUUACGAGAUAGCUGAAGAUAUUUUCUCCCUGAAGCUGAAAGUGUCGGUGGUGAAGGAGAGCAUGGAAGGCAACUACUACGUCGCCGUGCUUCGGCUGGAGUUCGACAAUAGCGACUAUGUGCAAUCGCUGAUGCUUCGCAAGUCGCUGCCGUGCCCGCUGCCGCAGGUGCCGGCGUCGCUGCUGCUGCAGCUGUUUCCCUUCGGGGUCAUGCUGGACCGGCGCAUGAAAGUGCUCAUGGCUGGUGACAAGCUGGUGGAGGCGUGGGGAGGACCAUACAACCGUAUAGCGAAGUCGCCGAUAUCUGAUAUACUUCGAUUGAGGAAACCCAAGAUAUCAUUUACAUGGGAUAAGGUGGUGUGCAUGCAAACGAUGCUAUUCGAACUGGAGCUGACGCGUUGGCGCGCUCGAUGUGCAGGCGACGCGCGGCGCGGCUCGCAGGGCGCUCGCUCCGUGCUGCUCAAGGGACCCAUAUACCUGCUGGAGGAGAUUGACGCGCUUAUCUUCUUAUGUAGCCCUAUUUUCAACGACCUGGAAGAGCUGCGCCAAGCUGGUCUCUACCUAGCCGACAUGAACGGGCACGGUCUUUCGAAGGAGAUGCUGCUCCAAGGCUGGCAGCACCUGUCCAGACUCGAGCUGCUCUUUGAGAAGGCCGAGAGCCGCUGCAUGUCGCUGGAGAAGUCUUGCCGGCUGCGCGACCAAUGGAAGAAGAGGGGCGACCAGCUUUUGUACUCAAUGAUACCGAAGCCAAUUGCUGAUCACUUGAGAGCGGGGAAAGAUCCCAUGGCUGCCUGUCAGGCGUUCGACAGCGUCACGAUAAUGUUCUGCGGCGUGCAGCUAUCAGAGGCAGGCUCCCGCGCUGACGUCAUGCAGACCGUGGCCUACAUGAAUGACCUGUACUCCCGGAUCGACCGGCUGCUGGACACACAUCGAGUCUACAAGGUAGAGACAGUGGGCACGGUUUACAUGCUGGUGUCGGGCGUGCCGGAGCGUCGCCGCGCACACGCCGCUGUAGCCGCCAGCGCUGCGCUCGCCAUCGCGCGCGCCCUUCCUAUGCUCACUAUAGGUGUCCACUCUGGCCCAUGCGUCGCUGGGGUACUUGGAUUACGGCUGCCAAGAUAUUGUCUUGUAGGUGAUUCCGUCAACACCGCCAGUCGCAUGCAGACUACUUCAGAGCCGGGACGUAUCCAAGUAUCAGCGAAAACUGCAGCUCAGCUACCGGCUGGAAGGUUCAGACUUAGACGCCGCGGGCUUAUCAAAGUUAAGGGCAAAGGUAUGAUGGAAACCUUUUGGCUCGAGGGUGAAGUGGAGGAAGAAGAGCAAGAUGAGGCGUUGCAACUGUUUUCUGCGCUCUGUGGAGAUGCUUGAGAAGCCAAAGAAAUUUGAUGAAGCUCCAUCUUCUUAUUAACUAUUUAUUUUCAACAUAGGAUGAAAACUAUUUUUAGACUAGCUAUUUUAAAAUAUGAAUGUUAAUAAAAGGUGUAGAAAAUACAAAAAAAACAUAAUACUUUCUUAAUCGUAAUUUAAUAUCAACAGACGAAUUAAAUUCGUUUUUUUUUUCAUAAAUAUUUUGAUUGUUGUCUAUAAUAUAGGGUACAAUUUUAAUAUUCAUGUUUUUGUGUUUUAAUAUAGCUAUAAUAAAAUUACAAUCUUAAAUGCCAUAAUGUAAAUAAUGUACGAUUACAAAUCCUAGUAAGUAUAACGUCGUAUUAUAGCAGGUAUACCAGAUAUUUGUAAAAAUAUUAGAUUUACGCUCAAUAUUGACGCCAAUUAUGUUACAAUGCCUGUAGAAAAUGUAAAACCGUUAAUGGAAUCGCUUCAUUGCAUGUUGGUACGAAAAUAUCAUGAAAUCGAAUCUAUAACGAUCGUUACAUUGUUUAGAGGCCUAAUUAAUAUUUUUUUCAAAAUAGAAUUGGAUCUUAAAAUUUUGUUACACUUUGUUGACGCUACGUGCAAGUUUUCAACCAAAUACGAUGUUUAGUAAAAAUAAUAUUAAAGCCUUGUUUUGUAUGUAAUAAACAAUAUAAUAAGAACAAUUUAAAGAACCUUUCUGAGCAUUUCUAAACUUUAAUACAGACAUAAUGAUAGCAAAAUUACGCUAAUCGGUUAAAUAAUUGAAAUGCAGUAGCGCCAUCUAGAUGAAAAUUACAAUAAAUUAGUGUAACAUGUCUUUGCUAUUUAAGUGCUAGGUGAAAUAUUAAAAUUGCUUCCUAAUUAAUCUAAAAUGACAAACAAAAUUGAAAAAUAUUUAAAAAAAACUUACAUUAACUUUUUUUAGUUUGAGCUGCUAAUGCUGAAUAUAAACAAAUAUCUACGUAAAAAGCAGUUAGUUAUUAAGUUAGUUAAAUGAAACAUUAUUGUUGUAAUUACCUCAUGUUAUUAUACAAAGUACAAAUAAAAACAAAUCGAAACAAUUAUUCUUA